AGAAGGGUGUGACUCACAAAGAUCACAAGCAUUUUACAACGAGCUAAAGCCAGCCUGCUGACUACAAGAAAAUAUGCUGAGGUUUUCAAACACGAGUGCUAUAUUGCCUUUGCAAAAGGCAGCAAUCACACUGAGAUAUGCACCAGUGGAAGUCGGCCAGAUCUGGAGCAUCCCUUUCCACCGCUGACAGGCAAGUGUACCUCAACAUCUACUCCUCUCGGAGAAUUACUGCUUUUGUGUUUGUGUUCUUCAUCUCUGCUGCCCUGUGCUGCGAAAGGCAGGAGCAGCAGGACACAGAGGUGUUUCUGGUCAUGGAGCAGUAGGUGUUUCUGGGCAUGUUGGUUGCAUGUAUGCAACAAUCAGAGCUUAAGUCUUGGAGUUGGAAAAUGAACCUUCAAGUGAGCUCUGCUGUGAUGUGAGUGUCCUGGGACUGGUCACAGAAUGCCUUGUCACUCUUUGUCCACCUCCUCGUGUGUGUUGAUUGUGCAUACCUGUAUAUUUCAUCAGGUUAUUGCAAAGCCUAUAGAAGACUGAAUUAAUUCUGUCAAAGUACACCCUUUGUGUUACUGAGUCUCCAGCGGUGGGAGAAGGAGAGGAAAGGCACCAGUUUGUCUGUUUUUACUUUUUAGUCAGGAACAUUUGCAAUGGAUGGUGGAGCAGACUCUCCGAUGACUGUGCAUCUUCUCACCAAUUUGGGACACUCAGUAUUUCUGCAGCAAACUCUAGAUCGGCUUUUGGAGUGGAUCUGCCCGGACAUUCACCUUUUCCUGAUAUCUGAGCGAGUUACUCCGUUGAAAUACUAUGAGAGAUACUGUAAGAGAAGCUGUGGCUUUCCUGGAAUAUCUGUUCUUCUUUUUCUACUUGAGGACUUGGGAGAAGAACGGAUUUUCCAGGUCCAUGAGCAAUUCCAGAGUCCACCCUGGCGCUAUAAGUGUGCCCAGAUUGCUAGUGAACAAACCCACCCUUACGCCACCGCUCACCAGGACUUCUACAGCCUGGAUGACCAGAUGCCUGUGUGGGGCAUCAGGCGGGUACACUGUGGCCCCGAAAUCCUGCGUGUCACCCUCUACUGCAGCUUCGAUAACUAUGAGGACGCAGUGAGACUCUACGAGAUGAUCCUGCAGAAAGAAGCCACUACACAGAAAAGUAACUUCUGUGUCUUUGUGUUGUACGCAACCCAAAACGUUGCCGUGCAGCUCUGCUUGAAGCAGCUGCCCAUCGGAGUAGCCGUGGAGCCGAAGGAGUCAUCAGCCUUGCAGUUCAGGGUGCAGGAAAUGGGGCAGCUGGUGCCUCUCCUGCCUAACCCCUGCAUUCCUAUCAGCAGCACCAGGUGGCAAACGCAAGACUACGAAGGAAAUACAAUUCUUCUUCAGGUUCAAGACAGCUCCAAGCCUCGUGGAACAAUUGUUGGCCUUGCCCAUCAGCAUAAUGGUGCAGGCAGAGAAAAAAUCCUGCUGGAGCCCGUCCCAGCCCCUCUCCCUGUAAAGCAGGCUAAUCCCGGGUGGAGAAGCCAGGAGGUCAGAGCCACAAGGGGUAAAACCACAUAUGACCAAAGUAAAGCCCAUACUCAGACACAAGCUGGGGUUGACCUCCAUAGGCACUUCUGCUCUUCUCACAGUGGUCCAGCAGCCAGGUUGUGGUGGGAAGCCACCUCCCUCCACAGGCAGGCGAGCCACAAGCGACAGGCUUCUCUCCGGGAGACCCGCCUUUAUCUGCAGGCAGCAGAGACCAACGUUGACACCGGGCUCGCUGUGGCGAACCCUGCAAGUGGCCACUGCCUGCUGAACCGCUUCUCCAGGGAGCUGCGAAGCAGCCUCCUCCAGCCGCGAGCACCCGCGGGUGGGACUGGCAACACCAUCUCCUCCCAAGACAUCACCCAGCUGCCAUUCACUGCAGCCAAAAGGAGUAAAGGAGCAGGGCCAAGAGCUUCGAGCUUCUGCUCACAAACACCACGGGCCAACCCCACAAGCGGAGCGGAGGACAAGGAAGAGGAGGAGUUCUUUAUAUGACUUAAAACAAACAUGUUGGAUGGACUCAUCGUUUCUAAAUGGCAGCAGAGCGCUUCUGUGUGUGCUGUGCCUCCUUGUGCUGUGGCUACUGAUGCUGACUUUCCGUGGAGCAAAGCCGCAGAGGGGCAAAUCAGGAAAAAUAAUAGUAUUUACAGAAAGGUUUAUUUUUCUUUAAUGCAGAAUAGAUUGGAGGACUAUUGUGCAAUGAACAGGAUUAAGCCACACGACUCCUAGAGUUGUUUUAAGAAGUUAAAAACAAUUGCCAGUGACGUAUUCAGAUGAGGUUAGAAAGUACAACUUGCCUGAGAGGCCUGGGCAGCAGGGUGCCCCCAGCCAUGGGGGUUCACCCAUCCCUAGAGAGACCUGUUCCCCAAAUUAGCACAGUACACACAAAAAAACAACACUUGUGGAGAAUCAUUUGAACAGUUUAUGCCCCAGUAAGACCUGCUGUUGCUUAUUUCUAUGACACUUAACAAAAUAAACCCAGCAAGAGGCCAGGCUUUUAGACCAGUGUGCAGUUAUCAGCAGGCAAUCCUAAUUGGGUAUUAAUUAACAGAAGACAAGAGCAGUUAAGAGUCUUGGAGAGAAAUGUUGAAAAGUAAAAAAGAACAGGAAUUGUUCAGCAGCAGAUGCUGAAGUAGCUCCCAUCCUGAUCAGCAGCUUGCUUUCUUCAGAUGGGAUUAAGUAAAUCUCAAAGGGAAAGAGAUGAGAAUGGCUUGACAGAGGAAAGAGGUUACUAAAAGAAAAGUCAAAUCUGAUCAUACCUUCCAUGUGGUGGAAACAAAGAAAUAUUUUCUCCUUGAAUAUAACUGAACUCUGCUUUACACAAAAGUAUGAAUUUGUUUGGAGAGUGCCUUCUCAUUGCCCCCUCUUAAUUCCUAACUGAGGUUUGACCUGUGGUGCCUUCUUGUGGCCCAAAAGAGAGAGGCAGAGGGUGGUGGGCAGCAGCAGAGCCUUCCUGUGGGAUGGAGUUCAGCACAAUUUUACAGGUGUUCAACACUUGCAUGUGUGUCAGCUGAAUGCAGCCCAUGCUGCACCACCGCAGCUUUGUUUCUAGGAAGGUCCAAAGCUGCCCCUUUGCUGCUGAUGGGCUGUGCAGCCCGGGGGGACUGGAGAGCAGUGCUGCUGCUGGAUGCCACCUCGGGCUUUGGGAAGGCCCAGCUCUUCAGGAAAGUUUGAGGGUGCAGCCAGGUUGGGGUGAAGAACUUCAGGUGGGAACAGGGCAGUUCCUGCUCUGUGCUUCCACACCCUCACAGCUGCUGUUGCCCUGGAGGCGAUGCUCUAAUACUCUCUAAUUCAGGGACCUACACCUGCAGAAAGCUGCACAGAACACCUUUCACUGGACACUUACACCACACCCUACUCCCCAUUGUUUCAUAAGUUCCAUAAAAUUUUGGACACUUUAAUAAAUCAUACUGUGGUUUUUUUGCAUCUACAAGGGUGAUUAUUUCAUCUUA